AUGGACCUAACGACACGUCGUUGUGAGGAUGGGCCGGGAGAUUUACUUGUGAAAGGUACGGAGCAGUGCCGGGAUGUCAACGGGACGGGUAGUGACGUCACAGGGGUGAUAGAUGUGCCGAGAAAAACUAAUUCGUUCAGUAUCAGGAACCUAGUCGGCGGCGAGGACUGCGAUCGGCCUGCCGACGGGAAUGCAAAUACGAAUGACGAAUAUUAUCACCAAGACACGUACCAGAAGUACGCGAACAUGGGAGUAUCUGAAACGCAAAAAGAUGAUUCACCAAGGACCACGCCAGAACUGUCCCGAGCUGACCAAUCACCAGCUUCCGAAAGGCCUCCUCCAGGGUCUGCAGACAGCGAUGACGCAGAUGACUUCGCACCUAAAAGAAAACAGAGGCGCUAUAGGACAACAUUCACUAGUUUUCAAUUGGAAGAAUUAGAAAAAGCCUUUUCAAGAACGCACUAUCCGGACGUUUUUACCAGAGAGGAACUAGCGAUGAAAAUAGGAUUAACAGAAGCAAGAAUACAGGUAUGGUUUCAAAAUCGACGUGCUAAAUGGCGUAAGCAGGAAAAAGUUGGGCCGCAGGCUCAUCCAUACAAUCCGUACUUGGGAGGAGGGGGUGCGCCUCCACCAUCGGUCGUGGCGUCCAUGCCUAACCCGUUCUCACAGCUUGGCUUCGGUUUUAGAAAACCAUUUGAUGCAAACGCCUUGGCGUCUUUUAGAUACGGCAGUUCACCAGUCCUCGGCGCCCAGUACCUCGGAGCUCCACUGUCGCGACCACCCCUCUUCUCAGCACCAAUAUAUUCAUCUACAUCGCCACCAUUCCAUUCUCUACUAGCUGGAUUAGCCGCCCCUCCGCGACAGUCUCCUGACCACGCAUCCGUUUCACCCCCUAUUUCGCCAGGAAGCGAGUCUCCCCCCAACCAUCAAGGGCCAGAAGUAGAGCGUAGAAGUUCAAGCAUCGCCGCACUAAGAAUGGCUGCCAGAGAACACGAACUAAGGCUGGAAAUGCUAAGACAACGACACCACACAGAUCUCAUCAGUUGAGCUCUAUUCGUUUCGUGAUAGACAAUAGUGUUGAAGGUUAUUUAUAUAAAAGACUAUUAAUAUUAAAAAGGGCUAUGGCCGUUUGAAUUAGAAUUUUUCUUUGUCUUAAAAAUGAAUAUUAAUAGACAUCGUCUGUGACAAAGCUUUGCGUUUAUACCUUUCUUUUUUUAUCGAUGUAAAUUUAAAAGUCCUAUAUUUAUUAUGUAAUAAAAUUGAAUUGUAUGUGCGGUGAUACCCUUAAAAUUAACUACAUAUGUAUUAUUAUGUAAUGGAUUUAAAUUAGGUAAAUAAUCAAAUUAAGUACAUAAUUAUUGCUAUUUGAUCCGUCCAGUUAUGCCUUAUCGUUAUUUAUUGUAAGUAGGUACCUCUAAAGUAUUUCUAUUUUCUUUUUAAGGUUUUCAUUUAUACAAAGAUUCGAUGUAAGCAAAAUGGUUUGUAAUUAAUAAAAAGUCGCAAUAAUAAAAAUAAAUAUAGUUUUAUCGGAAUUCCUAAUGCACUUCAUUUGGUUUGUUUAAAUAAAAUUUUAAAUGUAACACCAAAGAGUCAAUUCGCAAGAAGCUUAAUAUUUUAUGUUUUCAACGUAUUUCUGUACAAAAAAAUAAUGGUAAUUUUGAAUUCAAGAAUUAUAUGGGUUCCAUUAAAUAAAUGGUUUACAGUGAA